AUGUCCUUAGAAGACAAGUUUGAUGAGCUUACUGUGCAAGAACAGCCGCGUGAAUUCAAAGAACAUUCUAAUACUCAGAUUUAUGAAAAGUUCGGCCAUAGGAUUAAGACAGAUGAGUUGUCGCUUACAAAAGGAAAGACUAACAAAGACAAAGCCAAUAGAGCUACCGUUGAGAAUGUGUUGGACCCUCGUACGAUGCGUUUCUUGAAGGCACUUACUAGUCGUGGUGUGAUAUCAGAAUUUAACGGGUGUCUCAGUACUGGUAAAGAAGCAAACGUUUAUCACGCACUUGCAGGAUACGACAACAGUGUAGACGACGAUGGCUCUGGUGUAAAGAAUAAAUCCAGAAAAGAGUACGCAGUCAAGAUCUACAAGACCUCUAUUUUAGUCUUUAAAGAUAGAGAAAGAUAUGUUGAUGGUGAGUUUCGCUUUAGAAACUCAAGAUCUCAACAUAACCCUCGUAAGAUGAUCAAAAUUUGGGCAGAGAAAGAAUUCCGCAACUUGAAAAGAAUACAUCAAUCCGGAGUUAUUCCCGCUCCUCAACCUGUUGAAGUGAAAUCUAAUGUUUUGGUAAUGGAGUUCUUGAAUCGAGGAGAUGGUUUUGCAUCGCCUAGAUUAAAGGACUACCCUUUCAAAGACCGCGAGGAGGUUCGCCAUUACUAUCAUGUUAUGGUCGCGUACAUUAGACUGCUGUAUCAAGUGUGCCAGUUAGUUCAUGCAGAUCUGUCUGAGUAUAAUACAAUCAUCCACAAAGGUAGGCUCUUCAUGAUUGACGUAUCUCAAAGCGUUCAGCCUGAGCAUCCUAUGAGUCUGGAUUUUCUCAGGAUGGAUAUCAAAAAUAUCAACUCAUAUUUUGAAAAAAUGGGUAUUGAAAUAUUCUCAGAACGUAUGAUAUUUCAAUUUGUUAUAUCCGAAACUCUCGAACGUUUCGAAGGUGACUAUAGCAGUGUUGAGGAUCUAACCAAUUAUAUCGCAAAGAACUUACUGCCUAAACUCACUGCUGCAGAUGAGGCAGAAGAUGAGGUUUUCCGGUCAUUGUAUCUUGUCAGAAAUCUGGGUGGUUUAGAAGAGCGGGAUUUUGAAAGAUUCACCGAUGGUAAAUUUGACCUUUUGAAAAGCCUUAUUGCCCAUGACAACCAGAAGGUCGCUGCUAAUUUUACUGCUUCAGAGCAGUUUGAUUUUUCUUCAUCUUCUGAUGAAUAUGAAAGCGAUGAAGGCAGCACAGAUCCAGAUUCAAAUUCAGGCUCAUCUUUGGAAGAUGAUGAUGGCGACGAGAGUUCCGAAGAAUGGGAUGACAAACCUAAGAAUUUGAAAGGAAAGAAAUACGAAGACAAGGAGUCAAAGCGUCAAAGAAAACAGGAAGCAAAAGAUGCGAAAAGAGAAAAGAGGAAAACUAAGAUCAAGAAGCAUGUCAAGAAGAAAUUGGUGAACAAAACUAAGUCCAAGAAGUAG